AUGGAGAGUUUUACUAUUCCCUUUGCUCUUUUGAUCUUAUUCUCGAAGAGUUUUACUAUUUCCUUUGCUCUUUUGAUCUUAUUCUCGAGUAGCUUUACCCUCUCCUUGAAUUCUAUUAUCACAGAUAAGCAUGCACUUAUUUCUUUCAAAAACUCCAUCACUUCUGACCCUUAUGCUGUUUUGAGCACCAAUUGGUCUCAAAAUACAUCAGUUUGUAAUUGGGUUAGUGUGUCAUGUGGCCUCAAACACCGUCGCGUCACUGCUCUCAUUCUCUCUGGCUACGACCUUGCUGGAAUUAUUGCUCCACAUCUCGGAAACCUUACGUUUCUCAGAUAUUUGGACAUCAGUUCCAAUAGUUUCACGGGGAUUUUACCCUUUGAACUCUCUAAACUGCGUCGUUUGAAGGUGAUGAAUUUGGGAGCAUAUUCAUUCACCGGAGUAAUACCAACAUGGUUGGGCAGUUUACCUCAACUAGAGAAACUCUAUAUGUACAACAACACUUUCAUAGGAACAAUUCCUUCAUCUUUGUCUAACAAUUCUAAGCUACAAAUAUUAAACAUGAACUAUAACCAGCUGAGUGGGUCCAUACCACAUGGUAUUUUCAAUAUGUCUUCCCUUGGACAAAUUAGAAUUAGAAAUAAUAACCUAUCUGGUUGGCUACCAAGUGAUAUAUGCAAUAAUCUCCCAAAUAUUGAAGCACUUGAUAUUUCGGCCAACCAACUUUCCGGAGAAAUUCCACCGAACAUAUGGAAAUGCAGACAUCUUCAGGAGCUGGAAUUAUCUAUCAAUCAUUUCAAUGGAAAAAUUCCAAGUGAAAUUGGAAGUUUAAGUAUGCUUAAAGAGCUGUACCUGGGCGUUAACGACUUCAGAGGAAAAAUCCCUGUAGAAAUAGGGAAUCUUUCACAGUUAGAGGAGUUAAGCAUCCCAGCCUCCUCUCUGACCGGAAAUAUUCCAUCUUCAGUGUUGAACAUAUCUUCCUUGAAAUACAUGUACCUAUAUAACAACAGUUUGUCUGGAAAUAUCCCAAGUGAUAUGUGCGACAGUCUUCCAAAUAUUGAAGUACUUAAUCUUUGGACCAACCAACUUUCUGGAGAAAUUCCACCAAACAUAUAUAAAUGCAGACACCUGCAGGACUUGGAAUUAUCUGUUAAUCAUUUCAAUGGAAAAAUCCCAAGUGAAAUUGGAAGUUUGAGUAUGCUUAUAUAUUUAUACCUGGGCGUGAACGAUUUCAGAGGAAUGAUCCCUGAAGCACUGGGGAAUCUUUCACGACUAGAGGUGUUAAGUAUCCCAGACUGCUCUCUCACCGGAAAUAUUCCAUCUUCACUGUUCAACAUGUCUUCAUUGAAAUUCAUGGACCUCUCUAACAACACUUUGUCUGGAAAUAUCCCAACUUUUCAUGGUCUUCCUAAAUUAGAGAAAUUAUAUCUGUUUGACAACAACUUACUAGGUCAUCUUCCACUAAAUUUAUGGAAAUGCAGUCAUCUAGAGAUCUUGAACUUAGACAACAACAAUUUCAGUGGAACCAUCUCUCGCGCAAUUGGAAAUACAAGCAUGCUUAGAGUGUUGGAGUUGGCGUACAAUCAUUUCACAGGUGAAUUACCACAAGAGAUUGGCACUCUGCCAAUACUUGAGACUUUCUCUGUGUUCGGUAAUUCCUUAUAUGGAUCAAUUCCAUCUUCCUUAUUCAACAUAUCAACAAUGAAGAACUUAAAAUUUUCGUACAAUGAGUUUUCUGGCAUUCUUCCAUUAGAUAUGGGGAAUUCACUUCCCAAUCUUGAAUGGCUUCUUUUGGCUUAUAACAGAAUUAGUGGCCCAAUUCCAAGUUCUAUGGCCAAUGCUUCUAAACUUAUCAUCUUGGAUAUGCCUGGCAACUCAUUCAGUGGCUUCAUACCCGACUUCGGUAAUUUGAAGCUCCUAGAGGAAGUUCGUCUUGUGAGAAAUAAUUUAAGUGGAGCAGAAUUCCCAACUCAGGAAUUGACAUUUCUCUCUUCAUUAACUAAUUGUCGACAUUUGAAGGGAUUGGCUAUAUCGGACAAUCCACUGAAUGGCAUUCUACCCACUUCCUUAGGGAAUUUUUCCUCCUCUCUUGAGAAUAUUUAUGCAUCAGCAUGCAACAUCAUGGGUGUCAUUCCAUUCGAAGUAGGAAACUUAAGCUAUUUGCUAGAUCUCCAUUUGAGUGAGAAUCAACUGAGUGGUCACAUUCCACCAACAAUAGGAAAAAUGAAGCAACUCCAAACACUAUAUCUUAGUGACAAUCAACUGGUGGGUUAUAUACCUAACGAUCUUUGCCGAUUGUAUCAUUUGGGGGGCUUGAGCCUUGCUCGUAACAUGCUUGUGGGUCCAAUACUUGAAUGUUUGGGUGAUGUUAAAUCAUUGAGAGAGAUCUACAUAGAUUCUAACCAAUUGAAUUUAACCAUCCCUCCUAGCUUGUGGAAUCUCACAGACCUUGUGAUUCUGAACUUGUCUUCCAAUCAUUUGAGCGGUCAAUUGUCAUCUCAAGUUGGAAAUUUAAAGAUGAUCAACUCUCUGGAUUUGUCAUCCAAUCAAUUUUCAGAUGUUAUUCCUAGCUCAAUUGUUGGUUGUCAAUCUCUAACAUUUCUUAACUUAUCAAAUAAUAUGUUUAGUGGCUCUAUUCCUCAAUCAUUGGGAGAGGUUAAAGGUUUGAUUACAUUGGAUUUCUCUUAUAAUAAUCUUUCAGGAUCAAUACCCAAGUCCUUAGAAGAACUUCACUAUCUUCAAGUAUUUAAUUGUUCUAAUAACUUAGCUCUUUGUGGUCCAAUAGAAUUUCAAGUUGCACUCUGCCCAGAAAAUCAUCAUAGAUCAUGGUUGAAGAAACUCAUUGUUCCAUCUGUGGUUUUAGCUGUCAUUGUGGUCAUCAUAAUGCUUAUUCUCAUAAGAAAGUGUAAACAAAAACAUGUGGCACUCUCUACUGAUAUUCCACCAGUAACUACUGAAUGUAGGAGAAUUUCUUAUAUAGAACUUGAACGAGGAACAAGUUCAUUUAGUGAAAUCAACCUACUUGGCAGAGGUAGUUUUGGUUCUGUAUUCGAAGCAACACUUUCUGAUGGGUUGAAAGUUGCGGUAAAAGUGUUCAACUUGGAACUGCAAGAGGCAUUAAGGAGCUUUGAUGCUGAAGCUACUAUAUUGAGUAGCAUUCGACACAGAAACUUAGUUCGAGUUAUUGGAUGUUGUUCUAAUAUGGAGUUUAAAGCAUUGAUUCUCACAUAUAUGCCAAAUGGGAGCUUGGAUAAAUGGAUACAUUACGACACGUAUGGUUUGGAUCUUAUACAGAGAUUGAAAAUAGCAAUAGAUGUUGCAUCAGCCUUGGAAUAUCUUCACCAUGGCCAUACAUUCCCGGUUGUUCAUUGUGAUAUCAAGCCAAGCAAUGUGUUGCUUGAUGAAGACAUGACUGCUCAUCUUGCUGAUUUUGGUAUUUCAAAGCUUUUCGAUGGAGGAGAAACGUUCAUCCAAACGCAAACAGUGGCAACCAUCGGUUACGCAGCACCAGAGUUUGGAAUGGAAGGCAAAGUGUCAACAAAUGGGGACGUAUUUAGUUUUGGGAUAUUGUUGCUAGAGAUGUUCACCGGAAAGAGGCCAACAGACGAUAUGUUCCGUGAAGAAAGGAGCAUAAAAGAGUGGGUAAGUGAAGCGUUAGAUGAAAAUACAGCACCUGAAUUGGUGGCGCCAGAUUUGUUGUCAAGGGAAGAUCAACAUUUUUCUGCAAAGGUGCAAUGUUUGUUGUCAAUAUUGGAAUUGGCAAUGAAAUGUUUAGCUGAUUCAGCAGAUGAAAGAAUCAACAUGAUUGAAGCAGCAACUGCUCUACACAAUAUCUAUGCUACAAAUGUGGCAGCUACAAGUACUCGUCGUCCACGAUAUGCAUUUUCUGUUCGGCAAUAAUCUCAGUUUGAUAGCUCAGAUGUAUAGUUGCUCAAAUCAAUUUGUUUGUCACUGUUAUGUGAACACUAAUCCAUUAGAUUGGUGGGAAACUAUUGUUUAUUAGUGCAAUUUGUAGUAGUUCAUAUUU